AUGGGCAACAUCAAAUUAAUGCUGUAUUUAGUUCUUAUCUGUGGAUUGUUGGCAAUAUCCUCUCUUCUCAAGAAUCUUAUUCGAGAGAUCGUAGAAGAACGUGGUGGUGAUGAUAAUGAUGCUAAUAAUCCUAUGUGUUCUAAUGGUGUUCGUUUUGACGACGGUUUCUUUUCUCGUAAUGGUACUUGUUUUAUGGAUGAUUCUUGCUGCAGUGGUCAUUGCAAGAUUACUGUUUAUGCCGAAGAUGGUUCUCCUGGUCACGGUAUCUGUGUUGAUGCACCGAAGCGCAAGCGAACAAAGAUUUACGGCACACGAGUCAAUCGACACUGA